CCUCGGACACGGAAUCGCAGGGAAUCCAUCGUCGCGGCUGAUUCGAGCCCUCCGUCCACCUGCCCCGCGGGGAGUUUCUUUGAUCUGGGUUUCUGUGUGAAGUGCUGCAUUUCUAGAUGGGUUCACCGGCACAAGAUGCCCAGUCCAAGACAUUCUCCAUCAAGCUGUGGCCGCCAAGCGAAAGCACUCGUCUGAUGCUUGUGGAGAGGAUGACCAAGAACCUUUCCGCCGACUCCGACUCGAUCUUUUCUCGCAAGUAUGGAUGUUUGGGCAAAGAAGAGGCGCAUGAGAAUGCUAAAAGGAUUGAAGAGAUGUGCUUUGCUUCUGCGGAUGAGCAUUUCAAGGAUGAGCCUGAUGGUGACGGGUGUUCUGCUGUCCAGCUAUACGCUAAAGAAACUAGCAAGCUGAUGAUGGAGGUCCUGAAAAGAGGCCAUACGACACCCGCAGAACUGGAAGCACCUGUUGUUGAUACACCUCCUGAGCCUGCUGAUACUGUGUUUGAUAUAUCUGGUAGCACGCGUGCUUUUAUUGAGGCGGACGAAGCGAAGGAACUCCUGAGUCCGCUUACCAAACCAGGGAACUCGUACAAAAGGAUCUGCUUUAGCAACAGAAGCUUUGGUAUUGGUGCUGCCAAUGUUGCUGGGCCAAUUCUCGAAUCCAUUAAAAAUCAACUCACUGAAGUAGACAUCUCAGAUUUUGUCGCAGGAAGGCCUGAGGAUGAAGCCCUUGAUGUGAUGCGCAUAUUCUCCAAAGCCUUACAGGGCUCUGUACUGAGAUACCUGAACAUUUCUGACAAUGCUUUAGGUGAGAAGGGUGUCAGGGCAUUUGAAGAGCUCCUGAAGUCACAGUACAGCCUAGAAGAACUCUAUGCGAUGAAUGAUGGUAUAUCAGAGGAAGCCGCUAAAGCUCUUUCUGACCUUAUUCCUUCAACUGAGAAGCUCAAGGUUCUACACUUCCACAACAAUAUGACUGGUGAUGAAGGUGCUCUGUCAAUUGCUGACAUGGUUAAGCGUUCUCCAAACCUAGAGAGUUUCAGGUGCUCAGCAACAAGGAUAGGAUCUGACGGUGGAGUUGCAUUGGCUGAGGCAUUAGGGACAUGUACUUGCCUAAAGAAACUUGACCUCAGGGACAACUUAUUUGGUGUCGAGGCAGGGAUUGCUCUCAGCAAAACCCUUCCAAAGCUUCCUGAUCUGAUUGAGCUGUAUCUCAGUGACCUCAAUCUCGAGAACAAAGGUACAAUAGCAAUUGCCAAUGUCCUGAAACAGUCAGCACCUCGGUUGGAGGUCCUUGAAAUGGCUGGGAAUGAAAUAACUGCUAAAGCAACCCAGGCUUUAGCAGAAUGCCUAACAGCGAUGCAGUCGCUCAAGAAGCUGACGUUGGCUGAGAACGAACUCGGGGAUGAUGGUGCCGUGGUGAUUGCAAAAUCAUUGGAAGAAGGCCACCUAGAUCUGAAGGAGCUUGAUGUGAGCACAAAUAUGCUGCGGAGAGCCGGAGCUCGGUGCUGUGCCCAGGCAAUAACAAACAAGGUGGGCUUUCUGCAGCUGAACAUCAAUGGGAACUUCAUCUCUGAAGAAGCGGUUGAUGAUGUCAAAGAGAUUUUGAAGGGCGGUAAGAACUCGCUGGGCCUGGGCGUGCUUGGCUCGCUGGAUGAGAACGACGCUGAAGGGGAGCCUGGAGAUGAUGACGAGGAAGGGGAUGAUGAGGAGGAUGGCGAAGGUGGGCUGGAGUCCAAGUUGCAGAACCUCAAGGUUGAGGAGGAGUAGGCUUGUUUAGGUUAACGUGCUAGUUCCUAUCAAUUUCCUCGGAUUAGCUGUGGAGUUCUGAAUCUUUACCACCCUCAGAUUAAAGAAAAGGCACUGUGGCUCAGUUUUUAACCCAAUCAA